AUGGCUGCGCUUAGUCCUAAGAAGGAUGGAGGUCCGAAUAUAGAGUUUUUCCAAUCACCGGAGUCCUUAGCACAGUUUGAUCAAAUCCGUGUUUGGUUACAAAAAAACUGCAAAAAGCAUGUACAAACUGAUCCACCAACAAAAGAAGGCUUGGCACAACUUGUGAUUCAGCUCAUACAGUAUCAAGAGAACAAAUUGGGAAAGAAUGCCACUGAUCCACCUUUUAUGAGGCUUCCAAUGAAAGUGUUCAUGGACAUGAAAGCCGGUGGUUCGUUGUGCACGGUGCUAGCCACCAUGUUCCGUUUCAAGUCGGAGCAGCGGUGGCGCAAGUUCGACUUCCAGGUCGGUAAGAAUCCGUCCCGUAAGGAUCUUAACGUGCAGAUGAUGAUGGAAAUAGAGUCUGCUCUGCUAACAGCUGAAUUACUACGCUCACCCUGUAUAUACAUCCGACCCGAUGUUGACAAAGCUACGGCCAACAAAAUAAAGGAUAUCAUCGUGAAUCACCAGGGAGAGAUAUGUGAAGACGAAGAGGAUGCCACUCACAUAAUAUACCCAGCUGUUGAUCCUCUUGAGGAGGAAUACGCCAGACCUGUUUUCAGGAGGGGAAAUAACGUGUUGGUACAUUGGUAUUACUUACCAGACAGCCACGACACCUGGGCUCAAGCUGACCUCCCCGUGGAUGUACCGGAAACAGCCAAUUGGGACUGUAACAGGUCGGAGCCGUGGCGAGUGUCGGCCACGUGGGCGUUAGACCUGACGCAGUAUAACGAGUGGAUGAACGAAGAAGACUAUGAGUUGGACCAGCAUGGGAAGAAGAAGGUUCACAAACUGCGGCUUUCCGUGGACGAAUUGAUGCCGGGAGCGGAGAGUUCAGGGAAAAGUAAGAAGAGCAAAAGGAAGAGGUCCCCGUCACCUCCGCCACAGAAACAUGGCAAGAGAAAGAGUCGAGUUGCUAAACGUCGAGACAACGACGGAGAUGACGAAGACGACAACGCGUCCAGAGACAACACGGACGUGGCGCCCGCCACCGACAGCGAGCGGUCCACAGAAGAACCAGUCUCUUACUUCUAUACACCGCCUGUGUCUGUACCGUCAGCGGGUCCGUCGGGCGCUAGUAGCGGCGCUGCUUGUAGCGAGGUGGUGCCCGAAGCGCCCGCCACGCCCGCGCCGGCCAUGGACGCGCACGACGACUCACAAGGGAAGCACAGUGACUCUAAUACACAGGAGAUGACUAAGGAAGAGUUAGAAGACAACGUAACAGACCAAACGCAUCACAUAGUGGUGCCUUCAUACUCCGCCUGGUUUGAUUACAACUCCAUACACACUAUAGAGAAGAGGGCGCUGCCGGAGUUCUUUAAUAAUAAGAAUAAAUCGAAAACACCGGAGAUAUAUCUGGCUUACAGGAAUUUCAUGUUGGACACGUAUCGUUUGAAUCCCACCGAGUAUUUAACAAGCACGGCCUGUCGUCGCAACCUCGCGGGUGACGUGUGCGCCAUCAUGAGGGUACACGGGUUUUUGGAACAAUGGGGACUUAUUAAUUAUCAGGUGGAGGCUGAAGCCCGUCCGACCGCAAUGGGUCCUCCUCCAACGUCUCACUUCCACGUGCUGUCAGACACUCCCUCCGGCCUGCAGCCGCUACAGGCCAGACCGACGCAACAAAGACCAGCAGAGAAUGCUGCGGUGCCUAAGAUUGAAGCCGGUCUGCCGAAUGGUACCGAAGCACCCAUCAAGGCCGAGCCCAGUGUUAAGACUGAACCCAUAGAACUAGGAACGGCUCCCGGACUUAAAAUGGAUCAGUACCGCGGUGGUGCGAGAGGUCGCGAAUGGACGGAACAAGAAACAUUACUACUGCUUGAAGCUUUGGAGCUACAUCGAGACGACUGGAACAGGGUCGCUGCUCACGUGGGCACAAGGACACACGACGAGUGUAUACUACACUUCCUGAGACUACCCAUAGAAGACCCUUACCUUAAUGAUACUUCCGCUGGUGGAGUUCUGGGUCCUCUAGCUUAUCAGCCCGUGCCGUUCAGUAAGGCCGGUAACCCUGUCAUGAGUACAGUGGCCUUCCUCGCCUCGGUCGUUGACCCCCGAAUCGCAUCUAAAGCUACCAGGGCCGCUAUGGAUGAAUUCGCUGCUAUUAAAGAUGAAGUUCCAGCGGCAAUGAUGGAGGCUCACGUGAAGGCGGCCGGCGCCCACGGACCCGCGGCCGCACUAGCAGCCACCGGUAUAGCGGGGACUGCGCCCCCCGCACCGCCCGCCGGGGACACGCCCAGCAGCGGUGAAAAGAAAGAAGGCAGCGAAGUUAAGACGGAGGCGAUGGAGGUUGACAACGAAGAGGCGAAAGUAAAAGACGAACCGACCGAGACCGAAGAGGCGAAAGACUCUAAGGAAGAAGAUACGACCACACCAGAGACCCCAGCAGUAGUGGACGCUAAGCUGCAAUCAGCUGCAGCAGCAGCAUUAGCAGCAGCUGCUGUUAAAGCUAAACACCUAGCGGGGGUCGAGGAGAGGAAGAUCAAGUCACUAGUCGCGCUACUGGUGGAGACUCAGAUGAAGAAGCUGGAAAUUAAGCUGCGGCACUUUGAAGAGUUAGAAGCGACUAUGGAGAGAGAAAGAGAGGGUCUGGAGUAUCAAAGACAGCAGUUGAUUCAGGAACGACAGCAGUUCCAUCUGGAACAGCUGAAGGCCGCUGAGUUCCGAGCGAGGAAUCACGCCAUGCAGAGAUUACAGGCCGAGAGCGGUGGCGUGGUGGGUGUCGUACCAGGCGUGGUGGGUGUCCCGGGGGGCGGAGCCCCUCUCACAGCCGGCGGACCCGCCAUCGAAGCCCCGCAGGAGCCCCCGCCUCAACCCGCGCCGCAUCACGCAUAA